AUGUGUACUGUCAGGACGCGACUCAAUAGAAUAUGGACGUUGUUCUCCGCUAAAGAGAAACGAAAUAUUUUAUUAUAUAUACUUGGCAUUAUGCUGUACAAGUUUGGUUUGGAAGCAUUCAAUGGAGCGAUUGUGACACUAGCAACGAAUCGUUAUGAUCAAGAUGCUUAUUUAUCGGGAACACCAUCACGAACAUUUGAGAAGAUCGGACUUCUGUCUGGUCUCAAUCAAGUUUUUCAAUGUGUUGGCUCUGUUCUUAUUGCUCCAUUGAUUAAACAGUGGCCAACACGAACUGUACUCUCGGGUUCUAUAUUUGUGUUAAGUCCGUAUAGUGUGGUAGAACUAGUUUAUUUCAAAAUAGUAAAGCAAGACCCCUUUCCAUAA